AUGGCAGAUGGCAAGGAACUGCCACCAGAAUUAGAAUUGGUAGUUCCCUUGCCAGAUGUCGUUCAUAUUGGAAAAAGCUUUAAGUGUAGCUGGUCGAACUGGUUUAUCAACUUAGACGGUGAAUUUAGCAAUCUCGUGUUGCUUCGAAGCUUACGUGACAAUACGGAGGCGUUUAUCAAAAAGAAGCUUCGAAAGUUGCUUUCACUUGAAUGUGUUAGGAAUAAAGACAGAAUGGCUGUUGAACCCAUUAUUCGUUUAACACGACCAGAAGUUCUCAAAGUGCUGGAGGACGUUAAGUUCGUUGUGCAUACCAUCGUACCAGAACAAUACAGGUUUUGGAAAAGUAACCAACGUGGUGUAUGCCCUCACCCGAUCGCAGUUUCUGAAGGCCCAACAGGCUCGAUCCUUGCGCUUGAUUACAACUUUGAGACAGGUUUAUCAAGACUCCUAACAAUAAGAUUGCACCAGCCAGCAGAUGUCUCUGUUGUGCGAGAUGGACUGAAGGAUGCUAGGAACUUGUGCUUCAUCGAUGGGAUUGCAUUCUUGUGUGAAAGGGGAAAAUCUACAAUUUCUUUUGUCGACUUCGAGGGAAAAGUGAAGAUAAGUACAAAGUCACUCAAGCGACGAGCUGAACUUCUGAGGCACUUAGAGGCACUAUCUCUCCCAACGGAUGGAACGGUUCCCGUUUUGCGCGAAAGACUUAAGGACCACUUGGGUGCUAUUUCUAAGAACACGGACUGUGCAGAACACGUCCAGAUGCAUCCUAAUCGUCUUGGUAAGCCUUCUGCUGUCUAUGCUGCAAGCAAUGAUUUGUUAUUUUGUAGUGAUGACGAGAGUCAAUAUGUCUAUCAGAUAACAUUGACAUUUGAUGGAGUGACCAUUCACGGCAAUGCUACGAAAUUCACUGCCUAUCCAUCCAGCAUCAUAAAUCUUUUGUCUAUUACUCUACUUGACCAAUGCGCAUUCUUCUCAGGAGCCUCGAGCCAAGGUGGGCUUUAUAAAUGUGAACUUAGCGCAAAGACAGUGACCAAAGCUGUAUGCAACUCGACUCUUCCUUGCUCUGAGGUAAACCAAGUAUGCGCCUUGAACGGGAGGGUAGUUUACACGGAUACAAAGGCGGGAAAGGUUAUGCAAUACAACCCUGAUGAUAAAUCGGUUAGGACUUUGGUAGGAAGUGGCCACAACAGUUCUUCCGAUGGGACACAAGACUCAUGCUCAUUCAAACAAAUCGAAGGGAUAUGCUCUGUAGACAAGAACUUGUUUGUUACAGAUGUUUCCGCUGGAAAACUGAAGAUAGUGACGAGCCUCUCAGAAACGGUAUCUUUUCUGGGGAUUCUUGGCUCCCUUUACGAUACCUUUGGAAUUCAUUCUAAGGGUAUGAAACCAGACGGAGUGUCCUUGAAACAAGAAAAAGAGAACGUGACAAAGAUUGACAGCUAUGUAAAAGACACUGUGAGUGAGGUGAAAGAACGCUACCAGUUGAGCGAGACGUCUGCAACCAAUGGUCCACAGGGAACUGUAUCACAGAAGACGCAAGUAUCUGUGUCUUUGCUUAAAAAGGGCAUAGAAAGGCUAUACAAGAACGUGAUGGACAUUAACCCCCAAUUUGUAGAUGAUCUGCUGCUCGAAACGUUGCUCACAACAGUGGUGGAAAAUUUGCACGCUGUUUCGCACCUUAAACACGAGACAUUUACGGUACUUACAUAUGCCCAGGAUUUUGGAACAAUUUGCAAGGAAUCUCUGAAGCGCACAUCUAGAUGGGCAGCAAAGUACUACACGCAUGACAAAUUCUACUAUCCGGUACCUCAAUCCGCCAUGCCCCUUUCUACUAUAGCUACGAUGACACCUUUGCCAAGUGAGGACAUAACACCAGGGAUGGAAGGACAGAUCAAAGAGUGGCUAGAGAGUUACAGACCAGUACGCCAACGGACGGUUAGGAGUGAGACCACAAAAGAUAAGGCUGGGGCCUUGCCGCCAGCUGUCUACGCCGUUCACCACACCGACGAGUCUGAAGAGAGGCUUCGAUAUCCUGAAGAAAACACUGUAUCCUCAGCAAAUGCACAACGCGUUGUCAGCAUACAAUUUGUGGACGAA